AUGGACAAGGUAACAGAAUUCAUCUUACUGAGAUUCACGGAUGAUCCCAACCUACAGGUUGUCCUUUUUUUGCCGUUUCUCACUAUCUAUAUCACCACUGUGAUUGGAAGCCUUGGUCUGAUUGUGCUGAUCCAAAUAGAGUCUCAUCUUCACACUCCCAUGUACUUCUUCCUCGGCCACUUAUCACUCACAGACCUUUGCUAUACCUCAGCUAUUGCUCCAAAGAUGCUGCUGAACCUCUUGGUCGAGAACAAAACCAUCUCUUACUCAUUCUGUGCAGCUCAGUUGUGCUUGUUUGCUGGCUUUGUGAGUACAGAGUGUUUCCUCUUGGCUGUGAUGGCCUUUGACCGUUAUGUGGCUAUUUGCAACCCACUCCACUACUCAGCUGUCAUGUCCCACAAGGUAUGCAGUUGUCUGACUGCCAGCUCAUAUGCAGCUGGCUUUGCAAACUCCACAAUUCAGACAGUGUGUAUCUUCCAAUUAUCCUACUGUAGACAUAGACACAACAUCAUCAGACAUUUCUUCUGUGAUAUUCUGGAAUUGCUGAAGCUUUCUUGUUCUGAAACCUAUCUUUCUGAGUCUCUGUCUGUCUAUGCAUCAGGAACAGUUGCUAUGGCCUCUGUUUCAACAAUUAUUGCAUCCUAUUUCUCCAUUUUAUCUGCCAUCCUGAAGAUACACUCUGCCAAGGGUAGGCACAAAGCUUUGUCAACCUGUGCUUCUCACUUAACCUCUGUGGCUUUGCUUUAUGGCACUGGAAUCUUUAUAUAUCUACAUCCCAACCUAAAGUACCAGCUGGACACAAACAUCGUCAUUUUUGUAUUUUACACACUUGUGGUUCCUAUGCUUAACCCCUUUAUCUAUAGUUUAAGAAAUAAGGAAGUGAAAAAAGCUAUUAGAAAGGUUGUGACAAGAAAGAAAAACAAUUCUCUGUCUAAAGGGUUUGAGGGAAAUCCUCACAGGUAA